UGCGCGCGGGGGCCGGCGCGCGACCCGCCCCCCCAUCCUUCCCGCGCGCGGGCGGGCGGCCCUCGGUGGCGCGGGUGCGCGCGCGGGCGCGGGGCGGCUUGGAGUCCGCCUCCCCGCAGCCCGCGCCGCUCUCGCCGGAGCGCCGGGGCGCCCCGGGGCCGGCAAACCGACGGGGCAUGGAGAGCCUGCUGGAGAACCCGGUGCGAGCCGUCCUCUACCUGAAGGAGCUCACCGCCAUCGUGCAGAACCAGCAGAGCCUCAUCCACACCCAGCGCCAGCGCAUCGACGAGCUGGAGCGGCGGCUGGACGAGCUCAGCACCGAGAACCGCAACCUCCGCGGGCAGCAGCAGCAGCAGCAGCCGCCCCUCGCCGAGCCCUCCGCCGCCGCCCCCGCGCCGCCCGAGCAGCCCCCGCCGCCGCCGGGGCAGCCCGACUCGCUUCAGCACCACCAACAGCUCCCGGCGCAGCAGCCGCAGCCGCAGCCGGGGCAGCCCGACUCGCUUCAGCACCACCAACAGCUCCCGCCGCAGCCGCCGCCGGGCAAGCAGGCGGGCGCGGGGCCCGGCGGCGGCGGCCGCGCUGCCGGCCACCAGCACCCCGCCGUGCAGCCGCACCAGCACCCCGCCGAGAGGGACGGCAGGGACAAGGGCUGCUGUGCCGCUCUGCUCCAGCACAAGACCCCCCAGGCCAUCGGCAAAGGCGUCCUGAGCAGGAGACCGGAGAAUGAAACUGUUUUACACCAGUUCUGUUGCCCAGCAGCUGAUGCAGAGCAGAAGCCUUCAUCUGCAGACUCCUCACCAAGUGACGAUCCCAGCGAUUCCACAAGCAAGAAAGCCGGGUGUGAAACGGAGGAUCCGAAGGAGGCCGGCAGACAGAGUGGCCAGGAAGGCAGGUCCGAGACCCUGACGCUAAAAGCCCAGCAUGCGGAGCUCCAAGAAGAGCAGGCAGCGGGGUGUUCCCCUCUGGUGCAGAAGGCGAGCCUCCACCACACGGGCUCCCCAGUGAGAGUGCAGCGCAGCAAAGGGACGGCCUCGUGUUCCCAUGCAGCUGCCUCCGAUUAUGAGCUCUCCCUUGACCUAAAGAAUAAACAGAUCGAAAUGCUAGAGCACAAAUAUGGAGGUCAUUUGGUAUCUCGCAGGGCAGCCUGCACCAUCCAGACUGCUUUCCGGCAGUACCAGCUCAGCAAGAACUUUGAGAAGAUCCGCAACUCACUGCUGGAGAGCCGUAUGCCCCGCCGCAUUUCACUGAGGAAGGUCCGGGUCCAGAACUCAGAGAGCUUCUCCGCUGAGAAAGCCCUAGUGGAGGGGUACAACUUUGUGGGCAUCCCAUUGGUGAGGUCCCCGUCUUUGCCAGCCACCAUCAGUGGAGCACUGACUGAACUGGAGGACUCCUUCACAGAACAAGUUCAGUCCCUGGCCAAGUCUAUUGAUGAUGCCCUUAGCACCUGGAGCCUGAAGACCAUGUGCUCACUGCAAGAUGGGGGCUCAUACCAGAUAAGGGAGACUUUCAGUGCCAGCUCAAUGCAGCCAAACCAAGAAUUAGAAGCUGAGCUGCAGGACAAGGAGAAGGAGGAAGGGCUCCUGCCGGAUACCUUACCCAAGAGUAGCAGCACUCUCAUGAUGGCUUUUCGAGACGUCACAGUCCAGAUUGACAACAAGAACAUCUCUGUCUCAUCAUCUACCUCGGUGUCCAUGGCAAACUGCCUCAGCAACAAUGCCCAGGCUGGGCUCGCUCAAGCCACCAAGGCUGAGGAAAGCCCAGGAGAAGGGGAGGGAGAAGCCAGUGAACCACCGGCUGCCCCAGAGAGCUUACCUGAAUCCAGAGCUGCCCAGAAUAGCCACACUUUCACCGAGGUGAAUGUCAGUACUAAUGGCACAGAAGACAGCAGUGCUGAGCCAGAGCAGAUGGCAGUGCAGAAGCUCCAGUUUGAUGCUACCAAUGAGACGGGGCAAAGUAAAGGCUCUGAGUCUGAGAAUGCAGACAACUCAGAGCAGCUGAGCAGCAGCAGCACCUCCACUUCAGCCAAGUCAGCUUCUGAGGUGUCCUCAAAAGAAGCACUGCAGGCCAUGAUCCUCAGCCUCCCACGGUACCACUGCGAGAACCCAGCUAGCUGCAAGUCCCCCACACUUUCCACAGACACCAUGAGGAAACGCCUUUACCGCAUUGGACUGAACCUCUUUAAUAUAAACCCAGACAAAGGGAUCCAGUUCCUGAUCUCCCGAGGCUUCAUCCCGGACACCCCCAUUGGGGUGGCACACUUCUUGCUCCAGCGGAAAGGCCUCAGCCGCCAGAUGAUUGGGGAGUUCCUGGGCAACAGCAAGAAGCAGUUCAACAGGGAUGUCCUGGACUGCGUGGUGGACGAGAUGGACUUCUCGGGCAUGGAGCUGGAUGAAGCACUGCGGAAAUUUCAGGCCCAUAUACGCGUGCAGGGUGAGGCACAGAAGGUCGAGCGGCUAAUUGAGGCUUUCAGCCAGAGGUACUGCAUGUGUAACCCAGAUGUGGUCCAGCAGUUUCACAACCCGGAUACAAUCUUCAUCUUGGCCUUUGCAAUCAUCCUUCUCAAUACGGACAUGUACAGCCCCAACAUCAAGCCUGAUAGGAAGAUGAUGCUGGAGGACUUCAUUCGAAAUCUGAGAGGGGUGGACGAUGGUGCUGACAUCCCACGGGAGCUGGUGGUGGGGAUUUACGAGAGGAUCCAGCAGAAAGAGCUAAAAUCCAAUGAGGACCAUGUGACUUAUGUCACUAAAGUGGAGAAGUCCAUAGUUGGAAUGAAAACGGUUCUGUCUGUGCCCCAUCGCCGGCUAGUCUGCUGCAGCCGUUUGUAUGAAGUGACUGAUGUGAACAAAGUGCAGAAGCAGGCAGCUCACCAGAGGGAAGUUUUUCUCUUCAAUGACCUGCUGGUGAUCCUCAAGCUUUGUCCCAAGAAGAAAAGCUCCUCAACAUACACCUUUUGCAAGUCAGUCGGACUGUUAGGGAUGCAGUUCCAUCUCUUUGAAAAUGAAUAUUACCCCCAUGGCAUCACACUGGUGACUCCAGUUUCAGGCUCAGAAAAGAAACAGGUACUACACUUCUGUGCUCUGGGUGCUGAGGAAAUGCAGAAGUUUGUGGAAGACCUGAAAGAGUCAAUAGCAGAAGUGACAGAGCUGGAGCAGAUACGAAUUGAGUGGGAGCUGGAAAAACAGCAAGGGGCAAAGAGUCUCUCAUUAAGGACCAAUGGAGCCCAGAUGGAACUGCAGUCUAAGCAAGGCUCUCCAACAGGCAAGAAGGAUUUGGGGGAGAAGGUCUCGGACAGCACAGUGGAGGUGUCAAUUCACAACAGGCUUCAAACGUACCAGCACAACUCCGCCCUGGGGCCCGAGAGUGGAAUGCAGCCCAGCAUGCGUCUUAACAUGCCACGGGAGCGGCUGGAGACAGCACUGGUGCCCUCGCACCCCGCCUCAGCGGGGACACUUGUACAGUGCCAGCAGAUUGUCAAAGUCAUUGUCUUGGACAAGCCGUGCCUCGCUCGAAUGGAGCCGGCCCUCAACCAGACUCUGACACGCUACGUCACCUCCGAUUCCUGCACCUCCACCCCCUGGCGUGGUGUGGGCAGUGGGUUCCCCGGGACCCCCAUGAAGUUGGUCCAUCAGCCCCCCCUCCCACCUCCACCACCUCCCUACAACCAUCCCCACCAAUAUUGCCCCCCUAGCUCCCUGCUUCAGAGGCGCAGGUACUCAAGUGGCUCACGCAGCCUUGUGUAGCCACACCACCAGCACCAAAACAGCACAGACUUCCCUGCUUCCCUUCCCCACCACCUCCUGGGGACCCUUUCUGCCUACAGAGAUCUAGUUUGUGAUUUAUUUUUUAGUAAAAGAAGAAGAAAAGAAAAAAAAAAAAAAAAGAGCUGACUGACCUAACUGUUACCCUGUCUCCCCUCAAGAUGAUGCUAAUUGUGAGGAGCCAUCUAUAGAAACUGCCAACCUACAUGCUCACACAUCCUCACACCCUGCCAGCCCAGCUGGCCUCCUGUGCUGGUACCGUCCCCAUGUAGCACUUUGCUGCCCUGUUCCUGAGAGGCUUGAUGACCUGCUGCUUUGUAGGCACCUGUGUCUUCCGUUUGCUACUCCUCGACCUCCUUCCCUGCCUUGCAUUUACCUGGCCAUAGGUUUGUACCCACCCCAAAACUUCACCAGCCUCAGAGAGAAAUGGACUCGGCCGUGCCAAGGACCAACCUUGGGGCACUCCCUGGGGUGGAGUUCCCCCUGCCACCGCUGCUACCGCCUGCUGAGCUGGAGCUGAGAACUUGUACCACUUGCCAUGCUUUCUCCUCAUUGCUCCUCAAAUAUUAUCUCCUUGCAGCAGCCGGUUCCAAGCAAGGGAGUGCAUGACUGAAAGAGAGCUCAAGAGGAAGAGAGACUGUCCUGAGCUGCAGUACAACGCAACAAUGGCCUCACUCUGAACACCAAAACUCUUUCUGUUGUUAUAUUGGAGCAUUGUACCAGAGACCUCUGCUGAGACCUAGCAGACCUCAUCACAUGUAAAUACACCUGUAUGGUAGUGUAUGUAUGGCGCAUGCUUACUAAAGGAAACACCAAGCAGUUCUGAGGGAGCUGAAGGGAUGGAUUAAGCCCAGGGAUAUUCCUGGAAUGGAUGAGUACUUUUCCAAAGAGAUGGCACCAAGUGGUGCCCUCCCACCUCAACACACAUACCCCUCCCCCCCCCGCUACACACACACACAAAGAUUGUCUUCUCUAGCAGACCCACCUCUGCAGUCCUCCUUCCACCUGGUUUUGUGUUUCCUGCCCGCCUGCUUUUUUAUAUUCUGAAAGCAAAACCUUUGGGGUGGAUGAUCCCUUCAUUUGGGUUCUUCCUCCUGUGCUAGAGGGAAUGGGCUUUUUGGAGACCACUCAUGUGAGGUCCUAUAUGUGUCUUCUGCCUGGCUAUACUCUUGUCUCCAUCAGCUUUUCCUAUGGGACAGCUGAUACCAGACUCCAAUGUCUCUUCUCUUCUCCCCCUCCCUAUCUCAGCUUCAAAGUGAGGGCAGGGGGAAGAUCCUGAGAUAGAGAUGACAGCUCGGCUCCUCUGCUUUAUUGGGAACAUUGAUGUGAAGGAAGACAGUACUAAAAAUGGGCUAUGGAUGUAUUUUUAGAAAAAAAAUCUCUUUGAGCAGCAGGGAGGGGAAAGUAUUAAUUAGCUUAAAGGCUUUGGUCUCGCUCACUCUCUCUAUCUCCCUUCAAGGCUUAAGACCAACUUUAUGAGUUUAAAAUAGGACAGAAUGCCUUUUAGGGCCUCUAUUUUUAUUUUAUUUUAAAAGAGAAAGAAAGAAAUGUGCUUCCUUUCUGUGCGAGGCUGAGACAUGAGCGCUGGGUGCUGAUAAUGCAGCCGUUGGGUGAGGAGUGGUAGGAGUUGUUGGCAGUGGUGGGGGUGUGAAUAACGUCAGAGGAAGAGGGGUGGUGAAUACAGGUGCAGGAAAUUCUUUCUUAACUGGUUGUGUAAAAGCCACACAGCAAUUUCCUUAGGGAUUAUGCAAGUAUUCUCAUCUCUGGGGCUAUUGCCAAUGACAAAACUACAGUGCAUCAGGGACUGGCUCCCCUCAGUGCUCUAUGGAUGUCAGCUGGUUCUGCUGAAAUGUUCAGUUGAUGUAUUUGACCUAGGCAUAAGUCCAGAUGGAGUUAGGGAAGCGGGCAGGUACUGGAGUGAAGCCCUCUAGGGCAGGAGUCUGCUCACUUCCAGAUCCGUUUAUUCCCAAGUCUGACCCAUGUUCCCAGGUGUGCCAACAGGUCUGUCUAAUUUGUUUGCUUAGCUGUCUACAGCAGGGCACUAGGCUACCCCUUUUAUACUCAACAGCAGAUGUACUGACCAGGUGUCAAAAGGCACAGCCUCAGGGAGGACUGUGGAAGGAGAAGACAGAAAAGAUUGUAAGAAAAGCCUGAACAGAAACCCAAUCUCCCUCCAGAUCAGAGAAGUUUUCUUCUAGCUAUCCGCUCAAGUCAGUGAGGAUGCUCCAUAUCUCAAAUCGAAGCCCCCAGGGAGAGGUACUUACUGAUAGGCAGAGAUCAGCCCCACACCCUCCAGCCAGCUGUGAGGCACAGAUGGCCUGAUAUGCUGCUGGCUCCCUCCAGGGUGACACCUCACCACCCCAUGGCAGCCAAGAUCUCAUAUGACCUGCCCAUAGCUUCCUGGGAAAACACGUGUGGUAUCUGCCAUUGUCCAGUCAAUGGAGCGUGUGGCUGCCAUUUCAUUUUUACUCACUGCCUGCGGUGAAAGGGCUGGUGUCCAGGAGGCACUGGCACUGCCUUCCCUUCUCAGCGGUUACUUCGCUGUUUGAGAGGAAUGUGGUACUUGUGCAGUGUGCACGGAGUGCAGUGAGUCUCUAAAGGUCUCCGUGAGUGUUCAAAUAAAUAAAUUGGAUGUUACUUGACGUUUAACACGAAGCGACAACAACAAAAACCUUAAGGUACUUGAUGAAAUAAUUUUUUAGAUAAAAUAUUUAUAACGAUGUCUAUGAAGUUCCUACAAGAGAGGUUUGCUGCUUUAAUAAUUUAUUGGGAGAGCUACAAGAAUGUAAAGAAGAAAUAAGGUAGCUUUCAUGAGACUUUCUUCUUCGUGCUGGAUGAAGGAUGGAAGCAAGUUAACUGGAGUGACAGGGUACCUGGGCCACAGAAGUCUCUCAGGGCAAGUUGUCUCCAUUUCCCUCACCUUGCAAAGGCUGGCCUUGAGCUUUGGACAGAGUAACAAACGUAGAUAACCCUUGCUGGUUACAACAGCUUCUGUCAGAUUUAGCAGGAGAGACACCAGACCACUCUAUUCCAGGUUGUUGUGGAACAGGUUGCUCUAAAUUCUACUGUGUAGCUGAGCCCUUCGGACUUCACUUCAAAACAUGGAUUUGUUUUUUUUCCUUUGAAGGCUGGUCUUGAAGGAUGACAAGCACCUUAAAGCAUGUUUACACCCCAUCUGAUCUAUUGCAUCGUCUAAUCCCUCAUCCUUCCCACAUACAAACAACACACACGGACUCUCUGUAGCUGUAGUACUGUGAAUAGACAGUCUUGCCCACAUACUGAUGUUUGACAGGGGGCAGCCCAGAAGGACCGUGUCAGUGACAACCUCAUAAAGGACAAAAUGUGUACCACAGGUAACCCAGAGGGACCAGCCCAAACUAAAAUAGCCAGCUCUUGACAGCAGUGAUUCUUAUUGUGAACCUAGCACAAUCUUUCAGGUGGUGGGGUCAGGUAGGAAGCUGCUGCGGAGAUUAGCUUGGCCCAGAUGAACUACUGGCUUUUUGUUACGGAAUUCAUAUCCUUCUGUAUUAAAAAGGAGCUGGGGGUUGUGGGGAGGGGGAACGUGGUGGAGGAGAAUAAAAACCCAGUAAAGAGCAUUCUGCAGUGAAUGUUGGUUACUCAGAGGCCAAACAAGAAGGUGGCUCUGCUGGAAGGUGGAAGAGAGUGAGGCGUUACUGAGGUCUACAAAGCUGCAUUAGUCAGGUUCUGUCCCGAUUCUCUAUUGCUCAUACUGGGGUAGGUCCAGUGAAAUUAAUCUCUUUACACUGGUAGCAAAGUGAUGGGAAAUGUGACAAAAGAGUCAAGCUUAGUGCAAACAAUUUGGGUUUAAAGCAAUGUUUGUCUGCUGCUGUAGUACUUUUGAUGCUAUAACCUGGGCUACAGUGGCAGCAACACUCAGUGCUUUCUGCAACAUCUUUAAAGCAUCCCAUUGUUCACAUUUUCUCUCCUUCCUGUAGAUGAAUGGUUUGGAUAUGAUCUCCAACCAAAAUGUCAUCAAUAAUAAGACUUCUUCACAAAAAGUUACCACCAGAUUUAGAAGUAUUUGAGGGCCUCUGAGCUGUAAGAGUUUGAGUUUUGUUAGAUCAUUUUUAGAAGGCUCAACCUGCAACUAUCUGCAUGUGUUUGUGAGGUUUCCAAAACAAAUCUGAGCCCUAAAUCAAAGAAGCUGCUGCUUGGCAGAGUCUCUGCUUUGAAAUGCGAGUUGCUGAGAAAGCUCCCCCAUCUCCCACUCCACCAGCUGCCUCACUGUGCUAGUGUAGGCUCCAGGGACUGCCAGCAGUGUUUUGUGAGCUAAAGCUGCCCUUGUCCUCUCCACUCUUUCACAGUCAUGCCUGGGACAGCAGCUUUAAAGUCACCCAGCUCUUCAACACUAGUCAAAACCCCAUCUGAAUGUGUCUUUUCCGAAAACUAACAACAGAAGUGUUACCUGUGUAUAGGCUUUUGAAAGCACCUGUCUGUCUGUACCUGUUUCCUGUUGUAAUUAUCACUAAGAAAAGCUUCCUUUGGGAAAAGUGGUGUGGUCACACCUAGCAAAGAGUCCAAAUGGCUAAUAUUUUGUAACAAAAUAACAAAAAAUAGAUCAGAGGUAUUUUAUCUGUUCAAUUAAUAGAGUUUUAGAAAUUAUAUUGAGAUAUGUCACUUGUGCGGUAAUGUUUUCUUUGCCUCAGCCCCCUCUUCUGCGUCCCUGGGCUCCCUCGGUGUGUGCAGGCACAUGAACAAUACAACAAGGGUGUGCUCCCAGGGAGUGCUGAGCAUCGUGGCUUCCUGCUGGCAUCAGCGGCAGCCUGCUGUGGCUACUGCUGGUUUUUCAUCAGAUGCAGCAAGAGCUAGCUUGAUGCUCAGGUCCUCUGAAGAUCAGAUCCAGAGGAAACCAGGAAGAAAUAAUCUUGUCCAAGAGACAGCAACUCAAUGUGAAAUUCACCCCUGCAGAGAGACAGACAGGAAAACACAGGGGAAGGCAAAGCUCUUCCAUGCUGCGGCUCCUUCCUUUCCAUCUUGCUGGCACACAACAGAGCCAUCCCCAAGCCCUCUGCUCACAUCUAUGUAACUCUGCACCCCAGGGGAAGGAGGCCUGCACAUCCAUGCAAAGCGCACACUGCUGCGGCAAGGGGAACAAAUUCACAAGCCACGUGUGCCAAUGUGUGUAUUGGAUGCCGGCUGGCUGCAGAGAAACUCAUGCACCCGGAGACGUCAGCACAUACUGCGUGUUAAUGCACACAGCAUCUGCCGACAUGUAGGACUGUGUGACCCAUAACGCAUAGGCACCUCUACUAUCCACAAAGCUGAACAUGCUGUACAAAUAUAUCAGGCAUAUGCAGCCAUGCACUGCCCAAAGAGGACAGUUACCAUUGCAGCACAUCUUACAAGUAAUGCAGGCUCAGGCUCGGUUAACAUUUGGAUGGAAGACACAUAAGGAAAAUGUCAUUUCCCAUGCAAAUCAGAUAUACAUGCAUAUUUAUACAAAGCAUAAUCGGAAGGCUAAUGAAACUGACCUUUGUGAAGCUCUGCACAGGGAUGAGACAAGUGAUCAGAGACACACAGAGCAAGCUGUCUUCUGCAACCGUGGGGGAAGGCAACCUACAUCUUUUUAGCAGUCGAUCAGAUGCUGGGGUAAGAUUGCACUUGCUAAAACCCCCUGUCUUUAGGUUGUAAAUUCUUUGCUGGCUUCAAAGAAUCACUUAGUUCGCCAGGGCCACAACAAAACAUUUGGGAGGACAGGAAAUUUCCCAGGGAUUCAGAGGGUUUCCAUUUAUGGUUUGUGUGCCACGGAUAUAUUAUAAAUCAGCCCACCCUAAACAGUCAUUUUCUAAGAUGUUUUGAAACAGGAGAUUAUUGAAGAAGUUUCUGCCUGAUGUUUAGAUCACACACCUGGCUGUAAAGAUGAAAGCAAUAAAACCAGAUUGUCUACAUGUGAAAUACUUCUAACUUGCUCCGAUGUGCAGAUACUAUUAUUAAUUGGAAGACGGCAGGUCCCUUUUGGACGAAUAUUAUGUGGAUUCAAAUAGUGUUGGUACAAAGAGAUGAUAAUCCAAAACGAAUAUGCCACAACUGUCAUAUUACAUCUGUACACUGUUACAUCUAUGCAGUUAUUGCAUAAAGUGCAAUAACAUAUAUAUAGCGUGUUCAGAGUUAAUCAAAGUAUGCCACUCUUUCCCACAGAGAAUUUUGAGAUGGAGUUUUUCUCUGAAACUUUUAAGAUGGACUUUAAAUGAAGGACAUCCCUCAAGUGAUCAGCUGUAACUGGGUUCAACCUACCUCCUAUCAAGCAAGAUGAAGAAGACUUGCCACUGAAGUCACACUACACAGUCUGUUGUCUACCGCUUCACAGGCAUUGUCCCCGGGGUCAGAUACCUGUCCCGAGGCUGAUGCAAAGAGUAGAGCCCUCAGGGAGCAAUGUGGUGGCAGAAAGGUUACCACAAAUCUAAAGCUGCCAUGUGACAGUCCCUUAUCAGGGACAGGGAUAGUGCCUGAAAUGUCACUGUUGUGUGCAGGGCACAAUGGGUGCUUUUCCACUGCGUCUAGGGGACUCUGGGAAGAUUAUGCUGGUGCUUAGGGAUGCCCAGCUGAUCACAGAGCCGAGAUUGACUAUUCUGAUUCAGGUUUCCUGUCAUCACCAGCUGUGGAGGGAGAGGUGCCCCUCUGUAAGUCAGUGUCCAGAUCCUGAGUCUAGCAGCCUGGAGUCAUGCACGUACUCCUGCCUGACCAAAGAAAAGUGGCUGAGAAUAAGCAACUCUUUCAAGGAUGAGGGUGACUGGUGAGUAGGGCUGUGGGAUUUAACCAGGUUAGGAGCUCUGUCACACUUGGCUGACCUUGGAAUAUUUUUCCUGCAGCUAAUGAGUGCAACUGAGGUUAAAAGCUGGUGAGGAGCUGUGUUUUCUGCCUUAAUCCAUACAACCCACAAGCUGAGAUGGUUCUCAAGCAUGCAGAGUAGGAUCUUACAUUGUGCAACACCUAUGCUCCAGCCUUGGGGUCUGACAGUGUGGCACAGUCAUCAGUGACUUCUUGAAAACAAGAAUCUGUCUUCCU